GUAACCUUAGCGGCCCGUUAGCUUUAGCUGUGUGAGCUUUCUAACCAGCUUUAGCCCCACAGGCAGGUUUCCUCCGCUGACUGAGAGCUGCAGAUUUAAUCUGAGCCGCAGUCCGACUUUAAUCCGGACCACAAUCCGCCGCUACACAGGUUAACACCGCUAAUGCUAACUGUUAGCUCAGAGGUUAGCAGGAAGUGACGCACACAGGCGGGAUCGGGACGAGGAUGAGGAUCUGUCGGGAGCUGCUUUGCAGGACCUUCAGCCACCGCGUGACUCCAUGUCUACCUGUUACAGGUAAACCUGCCGCAGGAGGAUGGAGCCCGGCUCAGCGCGGCUCCUUCUGCAGCUCCUCAGAGGACGGCAAGCCCCAGCCCUCCAUGCUCAAACACCUGAGCUCCAAGAUCAGAGCCACCGGACCCAUUUCUGUGUCCGAGUACAUGAGGGAGGUCCUGACCAACCCGGUGACCGGCUACUACGUGAGGAGGAACAUGCUGGGAGCCGAUGGAGACUUCAUCACGUCCCCGGAGAUCAGCCAGGUCUUUGGAGAGCUGUUGGGCGUCUGGGUGGUCAGUGAGUGGAUGGGAGCGGCUCGGCCCAAACGGCUGCAGCUGGUGGAGCUGGGACCGGGGAAAGGUUCGCUGGUCGCUGACAUCCUCAGAGUGUUCACCCAGCUGCGGUCCGUUGUGGGCGGAGCCUCGGUGUCGGUCCACCUGGUGGAGGUGAGUCCGACUCUGAGUCGGGUCCAGGCCCAGACGCUGACGGGGAACCGCAGCCAGACGGCGAGCAGCGAGGACGACCCGGUCUACAGGCGCGGAGAAACCGCUGCCGGGUUCCCGGUGUCGUGGUACCGCCGCCUGGAGGACGUGCCUGCAGCUUUCAGCAUCUUCGUUGCUCACGAGUUCUUUGACGCUCUGCCCAUCCACAAGUUCCAGCGCACAGAGAAAGGAUGGAGGGAGGUUCUGGUGGACAUCCACCCUGCAGAUCCAGACAGGCUGCGGUUUGUCAUCGCUCCGACGCCGACGCUCGCCUCGUCCACGCUGGUCCAGGCGGGCGAGAGGCGGAGCCACGUGGAGGUGUGUGCGGAGGGCGGAGUCGUGGUGCAGCAGCUGGCCCGGCGGAUCCAGGAGGAGGGGGGGGCGGCGCUGAUCGCCGACUACGGCCACGACGGAACCAAGACCGACACGUUCCGGGGGUUCAAGGGUCACCGGCUCCAUGAUGUUCUGGAGGCGCCUGGUUCUGCGGACCUCACCGCCGACGUGGACUUCAGCUUCCUGCGGCGGAUGGCGGGAGGAGGCGUGGCCUGUCUGGGACCCGUGAGCCAGAGAACGUUCCUGCAGAACAUGGGCAUCGACGCGCGCAUGCAGGUUCUGCUGAGGAGCUGCAGCGACCCGUCCAGCCGGCAGCAGCUGCUGUCCAGCUACGAUCUGCUGACCAGCGCCUCCAGGAUGGGCGAGCGUUUCUUCUUCUUCUGCCUGCUGCACCACAGCCGCCUCGCCGCGCCCCGCCCCCCACACGGCCUGAAGCUGGAGAAGAAGAACCCGGUCCAGCUGCCGGUGGCCGGCUUCACCGAGCUCCGCUUCUGAGCCGGGUCAGAACUGGAGUCCAAGCGGGUUUUGGGUCAGAACUGACUUUGACUGAGGUGGAUGAGGUUCUGGAGGACGCUUCGGGUCAGAGACACCGUGAAUGUUGGAGACCUUACACCAGAACCUGUUCUAAUAAAAGUAACGGGUCGUGUUGAGUGAAAA